ACAAGAACGCAAUUGGCCAAUGCCGGUUUCAAAGGAGGUUGUUUUCGAGUGUUUGAAUGGCUAUAUGAAAGGUACUAUGUGGACUGAGCUGCCUGAGAUAUUUCGUCUUUGAAUUUAGAUCUGCUCCGCGUAUCGGAUGACUUUGUUAUCAAAAAGUGCAUUCUUCAAGGCAUGUCAGCGUGUUUCACUUUUGGCAACAAUCUGAUCGAUGGUCUAGUGCUGGAGAAGCGUGGUAUUGUGUUUGAAAACGCGAGGGCCGUUGAACUCAAAAUAUGCCCACAUUGCAGGUGUUCCUUGGUGCAGGAGAAGAUUCCUUCAUUAGCGCUUGCGAAUGGUUUGUUUCGUGGCACCCUCCCUGACCAAUUUCGUGACCUGACAUGGGUCAAGGAGAAGAUAUGUGCCAUCUAUUCUAUUACUGCGCACGUCACCUGCUUAUUUCAAUUGUCUGACCCAUCACAGCCUAAGGUUUUCUAUGGAAACACCUGCGCUCAUGACAUGAAUGUUAUGUCUACCGUUUCUGUGUUGCCACGGACUCCCACGGACAUCAACGGGUUUCUGAGUGUUGUUUUCAUUGGUCCUCAACCGUUGAAGUCAUCUUGAAACUUUGGAACAUCAGACCUCCCAAAGAUGCCCAGCCCAAUAGUCGCGACACUAAUGGCUCCCGUGCAUACCAACUUAUACUGCGGUGUAUGCAGCUGCUGCCAUGUGCAGCU